CGGGUCUCUCCUUUCCCGCUCUGUCCUAGUGCAUUCUAGGAGAAUCACUCUCUGCGAGUCUUAGAGUCUCGCAGUGGAACUCUGAGUUUGAAAACCCUAAUUUCUCACUCGAAACUCCUAAAUUCUCACCACAACAUCCUAUUAUCACAUCAACACCGCAAAACCCUAAACCCAACGAAGGAAAAAGCCUUCCUGCCUCCUACUACUCAUACUCUGCAUCAUCAUUUUUACGGACUAGUGGAAGAAAGCAGCCAUGGAUGACAGUUUAUACGACGAGUUCGGGAACUACAUAGGCCCGGACAUCGACUCUGACCAAGAUGCUUCUGAUGCCGAUGACCGACCUUCUGAUGACGAUGAUGAGAUGCCCGAUGCUGCAGCUGGCGCUUCGCCCUCGCGCGCGGGCUCCCCGGAGAACUGGCUUGGAGAGGUUGCUGAAGGCGAAGCCCCCGGCCAAGUGGUAUUGGCAGAAGACAAAAAAUACUAUCCCACUGCCCAAGAGGUCUAUGGGGAGGGCGUUGAGGCCCUUGUCAUGGACGAGGAUGCCCAGCCCCUCGAGCAACCGAUUAUAAAACCUCCUCGUAACGUCAAGUUUGAGAUCGGUGUCAAGGACUCGAGCACUUAUGUCUCGACACAAUUCCUCUUAGGCCUUGCAUCGAACCCGUCGCUUGUGCGGAAUGUUGCUCUCGUAGGGCAUUUACAGCAUGGGAAGACAGUGUUCAUGGACAUGCUAGUGGAGCAGACCCAUAUGAUUGAGACAUUCGAUCCGGACAGUGAGAAGCACAUGAGGUACACCGACACACGCAUUGACGAGCAGGAACGAAGGGUCUCUAUCAAGGCCGUUCCCAUGUCGUUGGUGCUUGAGGACAGCAAUGCAAAAUCGUAUCUGUGCAAUAUAUUUGAUACACCAGGGCAUGUCAACUUCUCGGACGAGAUGACUGCUGCUCUCAGGCUGGCCGACGGGGCUGUCGUAGUUGUGGAUGCAGCAGAAGGGGUCAUGGUGAACACUGAGAGAGCUAUUCGCCAUGCCAUUCAGGAAAGGCUUCCGAUUGUAGUUGUAAUAAAUAAGGUAGAUAGGCUGAUAACGGAGCUGAAACUACCACCAGCUGAUGCAUACCACAAACUAAGGCACACGUUAGAAGUGAUAAACGAUUUUAUCUCUUCGUUCUCUACCACUGCAGGAGGAAUCCAAGCCAUUGAUCCAGCUGCUGGAAAUGUUUGUUUUGCUAGCGCUAGUGCUGGUUGGUCUUUCACCCUACAAUCCUUUGCUAAAUUGUAUGUGAAACUCCAUGGCAUACCAUUUGAUGCUGCUAGAUUUGCAUCUUUGCUUUGGGGAGAUAUAUAUUAUCAUCCAAAUGAGAGGACUUUUAAGAGAAAACCCCCUCUAAGUGGAGGUGAGAGAUCAUUUGUGCAGUUUUUGCUUGAGCCUUUGUACAAAAUAUACAGCCAAGUGAUAGGAGAACACAGGAAGAGUGUGGAGGUUACUCUUGCAGAGCUGGGUGUUACCCUAAGUAAUGCAGCAUACAAGUUAAAUGUUAGGCCACUCUUAAGGUUGGCUUGUAGCUCGAUUUUUGGAUCAGCCACUGGCUUCACUGAUAUGUUGGUUGAACAUAUCCCAUCUGCGAAAGAUGCUGCAAUUAAGAAGGUAGAGCACAUUUAUACCGGGCCUCAGGACUCUUUAGUUGUUGAGGCUAUGAAAGACUGUGAUCCUUCAGGUCCCCUCAUGGUUAAUGUAACCAAGCUUUUCCCUAAAUCUGACUGCAGUGUCUUUGAUGCUUUUGGUAGAGUUUACAGUGGAACCAUCCAAACUGGUCAGACUGUACGUGUCCUUGGGGAAGGAUAUUCACCUGAAGAUGAAGAGGACAUGACUGUUAAAGAAGUUACAAAAUUGUGGGUCUAUCAAGCACGUUAUCGACUUCCUAUUAGUAAAGCACCUGCUGGUUCUUGGGUUCUCAUUGAAGGUGUUGAUGCUUCGAUCAUGAAGACUGCCACUCUUUGUCCUGAGUAUAUGGAUGAAGACAUCUACAUAUUUCGGCCUCUACGCUUUAACACCCUUCCAGUUGUGAAAACAGCCACCGAACCCUUGAAUCCCAGUGAGCUGCCCAAAAUGGUUGAAGGUCUACGAAAAAUUAGCAAGAGCUAUCCACUUGCCAUAACAAAGGUCGAGGAAUCCGGUGAACACACUAUUUUGGGGACUGGGGAGUUGUAUUUGGAUUCUAUUAUGAAGGAUCUUAGAGAGCUCUAUUCUGAAGUUGAAGUCAAGGUGGCUGAUCCUGUGGUCUCUUUCUGUGAAACUGUGGUGGAAUCCUCAUCAAUAAAAUGCUUUGCAGAAACGCCCAACAAGAAAAACAAAAUCACCAUGCUUGCGGAACCACUGGAAAAGGGAUUGGCGGAGGAUAUAGAGAAUGGUGUUGUCAGCAUAGAUUGGCCUCGAAAGAAACUCGGUGACUUUUUCCAAAGCAAAUAUGACUGGGAUUUGCUUGCAGCACGGUCUAUAUGGGCUUUUGGUCCGGAUAAGCAGGGACCCAACAUUCUCCUGGACGAUACACUUCCUAGUGAAGUUGACAAGAAUAUGCUGAAUGCUGUUAAGGAUUCAAUUGUUCAAGGGUUUCAGUGGGGUGCUCGUGAAGGGCCUCUUUGUGAUGAACCCAUUCGUAAUGUCAAAUUCAAAAUAUUGGAUGCUACUAUUGCACCAGAGCCCCUGCAUCGUGGUGGUGGUCAGAUAAUUCCUGCUGCUCGUCGUGUAGCAUAUUCGGCCUUCCUUAUGGCAACGCCACGUUUGAUGGAACCGGUGUAUUAUGUGGAGAUUCAAACCCCGAUAGAUUGUGUUUCUGCAAUUUAUACAGUCUUGUCUCGAAGAAGGGGACACGUUACAGCCGAUGUUCCUAAGCCAGGGACCCCUUCUUAUAUUGUUAAGGCAUUUUUGCCAGUCAUAGAAUCCUUUGGGUUUGAGACUGACUUGAGAUAUCACACCCAAGGGCAGGCCUUUUGCGUUUCUGUAUUUGAUCACUGGGCCAUAGUUCCUGGAGAUCCUCUUGACAAAUCUGUGGUCCUUCGCCCACUUGAACCUGCACCUGUUCAGCACCUUGCACGAGAGUUCAUGGUGAAGACAAGGCGGCGGAAGGGAAUGAGCGAGGAUGUAAGCAUCAGCAAGUUCUUUGAUGACCCUAUGUUGCUUGAGCUAGCAAGACAGGAUGCUGACCUUCAACACAUACUCUAAAUUAUCAGGUUUUUUGCUUCUCAAGAGAUUAACCACAUAAAAAAUAUGCAACUUGUAACACCUGUACUAUCAGUUUUGCCUGGCUUUGUAUGUCUUCUCUUAGCCACCUUUGUUUUUCUUUUAGUUCUGUUGGUGGCAAAUAGUACUGUAGCUUGAGAUCACUCAGGUCUUGGUCUAUUUUAUUCUUGAGGAAAAAAAAGAAGUCUGUAUUAAGUAAAAACAGAUGAGCUGAUCUCUUUCUAACAUCGUUUUGUCAUUAGAACUAGCUAUUCAUUCUAUGGGCUUGAGUUUUUUUUUCA